AUGCCGCCUCUUGCUAAAAGUAAUAAAUAUGAUCUCUUAGUUAUUGGUGGUGGAAGUGGCGGACUUGCCGCUGCGAGACGUGCGGGGUCUUAUGGUGCUCGUGUCGCUAUAAUAGAAGCAAGUGGAAAACUUGGCGGAACUUGUGUCAAUGUUGGAUGUGUACCAAAAAAGGUCAUGUUUAAUACUGCAUCAAUCGCGGAAGCUCUGCAUGAUGCACAACAAUAUGGAUUCGAUCUUGGCAAUGAUGUGAAACCGAAGUUCGAUUGGAAUUCCUUGAAAGGAAAACGAGAUGCUUAUAUAAAACGUCUUAAUGGUAUUUAUGAAAACAACCUUGCAAAGGACAGUGUCGAAUAUAUUAAAGGAAGAGGUAGUUUCGCGGGUAAAAAUAAAUUGCGAGUUGAAUAUGAUGGUCAAAUAGAGGAAAUUGAAGCGGAAAAAAUUCUAAUUGCUACGGGUGGUCAUCCACAUAUUCCGAAUGAUAUUCCUGGUGCGGAAUUGGGUAUCGACAGUGAUAAGUUUUUUGAUCUUGAACAACAACCCAAAAAAGCUGCAGUGGUUGGCACAGGAUAUAUUGGAGUCGAAUUGGCUGGAAUCUUCAAUGCAUUAGGCACCGACACGACUCUUUUCACUCGUAGUGGUGAAAUUCUGCGUACCUUUGAUCCAAUCAUCAAAGAUACUAUACUAGAAGAAACUAAAAGAGAAGGAAUUCGUUUACUUACACACGCAAAAGUACACUCACUUCGUCGUGAGUCACCGAGUAACCCGCUAGUUGUAGAAUUCUCCUCUUCUGAAACUGGUGAAAAGACUACCGAGGAAUUUGACAUAUUGUUAUGGGCGAUUGGACGUGAUCCAAAUACCAAAGAUUUGAACUUGGAAGUGACCGAUGUGAAGACUAAUCCUAAAGGCUAUAUUGUGGUGGAUGAGUAUCAGAAGACUGAUGCUGACAAUAUUUACGCAUUGGGUGAUGUGUGCGGUGUUGCACAAUUAACACCUGUCGCUAUAGCAGCAGGUCGUCGUUUUUCUGACCGUCACUAUGGUCCUCCACAGUUCAAAAAUUCUAAACUCGAUUAUUCAAAUAUUCCAACAGUUGUAUUUCAUGGUACAUGUGGAACAGUCGGUCUAACUGAACCUGAAGCAAAAGCUAAAUACGGUGAAGAUAAUGUGCGCACGUAUACCUCAAAAUUUGUCAAUAUGUAUCACGCAAUGACUCCUCACAAACCUGCAACCGCAUAUAAACUUGUGGUCACCGGACCUGAAGAGAAAGUUGUUGGUGUACAUUUGAUUGGUCGUGAUUCAGCUGAAAUUUUGCAAGGAUUUUCAGUAGCAGUGAAAAUGGGUGCCACCAAAGAAAAUUUUGAUUCUACAGUUGCAAUUCAUCCUACUUCGGCUGAAGAACUGACGGGGAUUGUUAUGUUGUGCUAG